AGCAGAUACUCGUGAAGAGAGAGAGUCCGAAGCGCGCGCAAAAAAGCAACUAGUCGAAGAGUCACGAACGUUGGGCAUCCCGCGAUCAUUUCAACCUUUCGUGAACUAAAGGUAAUGUUGCAUCUGCAUUGGUUCCAUUGGUUCUGUAUUGGCAAAAGCUUUGAGUACCUUACCGAUAGGGCGUCCUCCUCCGUUUGCUACACAUUUAGCUAAAUACAGCUAUGAUCAGAGAAAAAAAUCUAUGAUCAGAGCAGCUGAUCGCACGCUAGCACACACACACACGCCAAUAUCAACAGCAACAAGUAAGCCGGGUCAUGAGCGUAAGCAACGAGCGAGAUUAGCAAGCAGUGUUUAACGUUCUAUAUAUAGUGCUAGCGGGGAGGCAUCUUUGUUGGUAUCUCCUCUUCCACCGAGUGCGAUAUACAUACAUAUAUGCGUAUUUACGAGUGCAUGGCAUAUUUUGUCGCGUACUUGUUCUAAAUACCGGGACGGUCGGCAUUCGAUCACUGAGCUAGUAAACGAACAGUACUCAAAUGCAGUGGCAGCGAAGGUGGCGCGCGCGCGAUGAAUUCAUUACAAAUACAACAAGUUAAUUAACGCGCUACAAAAAACAAGUGGAAACAUAGAUCUGACAAAACGAGCGAUACGAAUUAUUUUCUUCUUGUUGUUGUAGCCAUCUAAUUUGUGAAAAUAUUUUCGUUUUACCUAUGCGACAGUGCAGUGCGAACGAAAUCAGCAACUUAACUAACUUUUCGACGACAAAGCAAUCAAAAACAGAAGAUACACUAAUUCACUAAUUGAGGGAAUUCCUUAAUUUUCAUAACAAUAAAAAUUGAAUUAAAAACUAAAAUAAAAUAUAAAAAAACAAGCAGAAAAACAGAAUAAAUAAAGAGAAGGCUAAGCAUAUAUAUAUUAUAUAUACAAAUGUGGUGAAAAUGUGCAAAUUGAAGGAUUGACCGCUACACAUUGCAGAUACAUUUGAGCUGCUGCCUAUCGAUUUAAUAAUUGUGAUAAGUAAAGCAAAAAAAAAAAAAAGCAUGAGCUUUAAAAGUUAGAAAUUGUGCUCUUUCGCGUUGCAGAAAACUUUAUAAAAAAGUGUAUUUAUAAAUAAGUGCAAGAUAAUUUUGUAUACAACCUAGAAACUGCAAUUUAAGAAUUAAGUGUCUAACAACAGUUUUUCUAUUACGUGGUUUUAAAAAAUAAAAGCCCCAAAAUGGUUGGCAAAAUCAUUGCUUUGCGCGACAUGGACAAUUUCAGUCGGCGCAGCAGUAUUUAUGUGGAUCCAGAAUGUGAUAAAUUUUUCGAAAUGCCGCUCUUUAUUUCGGCCAGCACCACAGAUAUGACAACGAAAUGCCAAUGUUGGCAGUUUAGCCCAGGCAAAGAACCAGCGUUGCGUUCGUUCACUGAAAUCCAACAGCUACUCCAGCAGGGCAAGAAGCGUGAUGUGAAGAGUAUUCUACGUGAGAAUUCAUGGCCUAUUAAUUCGCCCAUUCGUGCACAAUUGUGGCCAGCACUAUGCGCUCAACAUCAGACGAAGCAGAAUAUGUUGGAUGGUUUCUAUUGGGACAUGGUGCAUCAGGUCUUUGGCACAACGGAGCUCUCUGAAAAACCCAUAAUGCUACCCGCCUUCGUCGAUCCCGCUCACUGUCUAACCUAUCAUCUUACACGCACUGGGCGUUCAGUAGCCGAUCGCAUCGUGAAUGUAUUGGGCUAUGAUUGUCCCGACAUUACAUACAGUCCAGUAUUGUAUCCGAUUACAUCGAUUCUGUUGCAUUUCAUGUCGGAGGAGGAAGCUUAUCAUUGUUUAGCAGCUCUUGUCGGUAGCAAGGAGAAAGUCUUUAUAAAGCAAACCAAAUUACAGCAUGAAGUCACCUGGAAAACUGUGAUGCAAAUUGCCAAAAAACAUAGCAAAAAUGCCGUGACCUAUUUUCAACGCAUCUGCCCUGGUGUUAAACUGGAACGCGUCUUCAUGGAUUGGUGCUGGUGGAUAUUAGCAGGUCUACCAUUUCAGCAUCUAGUACGCAUUAUGGAUUGUUACUUCCACGAGGGUAUUAAGGUGCUAUAUCGUGUGGCGCUCGUGAUAAUCAAUCUCUUCCACAAAGAGUGUCAAUCCAACAACGAAUGGAGUCCAGAUAAUAUUAAGAAUGACAUUGGUAAUGCGUUAAUUAAGUUCUGCAAGAAGAUACCAGUGUCACCAUCGAAAUUAUUGCAUGCCGCAUUUAGUAUUAGGGGACUGAGUUCCACAUAUAUUUCUAGAAUAUUUAUGAAGACUGAAAUGAUACUAAAGAGCCGUUCCGUUUUGAAUAGCGGUUCAAAGCAAUUAGUUAAGUCGAGAUCCAGUGAUAAUUUGCCAUCGAGUCAAUCACAAGUCAAUAUACAAAUGAUGUCGCACACAUUGACCAUACGUGAGAAUCACAGUUUCAUUGGCGUUCACCUAAUGGGCAGGCGAUGGCAUCGAAUACAGGUUGUACAUAAUCAAAAGCUCUUUACACUCUGGUCAUGGCUGCCCGUCAGGAUAACAAUGUAUCAGCCGGUACUGCUUUACACCACAGAGGAACACGGUUGCUCGCUCACCACCUUCUAUGUGCGCGUCGAGCAACACGAGCCCACGCUCAUGAUGAUAAAAACGUGCAAUAAUGAGGUCUUUGGCGCAUACUGCUCAACUCGUUGGUUCGAACGCAAUGUCAAAGAUGACAAGGGCCAGCGUCAGGCUUACUUUGGCACUGGCGAGACUUUCCUCUUCUCACUCUAUCCGGAACGCGCCAAGUACCCGUGGGUCGGUAUUGAGAAUGAGAAGGACUUGGGACAUGCGUCAGAGCUUUUCAUGGCAGCCGAUUCGAAAAUGAUAACCAUCGGUGGCGGUGAAGGCCAAGCCAUUUGGAUGGAUGAGAACAUACGUUUCGGCAAAACGGACAGUUGCAAGACCUUCAAAAAUCCGCCGCUCUGCCCCUCUGGUGAUUUUGAAAUACGUGUACUAGAAGUGUACGGCUUUGAUGGCAUCUAAGUGUAUGUACGUACAAAACACAUGCAACAAACACACACACACACUGAACCAAAAAAUAAUCGUACACAACUUUCCACAAUGUAUGUGCCACUUUUGUUGCAAAGUAUUUGUUGCUCGCAAUGGCUCAAUCCAGGCUUUAUAAAGCGAUUACUCUAUGUUUUUGUAAUUUGUUUUUGAAAGACAAUGAGAGGCCGCUGAUCGGGUCUCUUUGAAUGUUUAACAGAAAAAAAAGAGAAAGCAAACAAGAACGAAAUAUUGUAAGCAGCACGCAGCACGAUGUGUGAUCGAUUCGCCUACAAUUCAAAGCAGAGAAAAUUUAAAAUGUAAAACGAAAAUAUUUCAUUCGAAAUUGCCCGCCGAGAAUGUCUUCUUUUGAGUGAUGUUGAUGAUGCUGAUACUGAUUAUGCUGAUGGUGUUGAUCAGCUAUAUUGUGGAGCAGCAUAGGUAGAGUGAGUUGUUCAAGGCGCAGUAUUUUACGUAUACAUAUAUUAUAAUAUAUACCUAUACAUAUACCUUAUACAUUAAACAAUUCUCGUGGCUGGAUUGUCAUCGCGCUAUUUGAUGAGUGUUAGUAGUAAACAGAAAUUAAUAUAAUACAUACAUAUAUACAUAUAUAUACCUAUAUAGUUGUUGUAACAAUAGCUAAUAUAUUAUAUAAAAUACAUGUUGUAAAACGAAGCAGCAAAACAAAGAAAUACUCGGUGAAUGAAAUCAAUGCAAGCAGUAAAACACUUUUAUUAUAAAAAAAGUAGAAAUAAAUGAACUUGAAAUGGGAUGGCAUGGCGUUGACAAACAAUAAACAAUAAAUUUGCAUAAACAUUGUACUCGUUAGAAAAUGUUAGUUGCGCGCCUUGUGCAUGACUAAGCAAACAAGCAGUGUAAAUACGAGAAAAUAUCAAAAUGUGACACACGUGCUCAUGCAGAUGACGUUGAUUUUGAAAAUAAGUAAUUUUUAAGUUGCCAACCAGUUGACGCCAACUUGUUUGCUAUAUCAAUUUGUUAACAAAUACUGUUUUAUUGCUUUUAAAUCAUACAGUUGGCGGAAUAUACCAUAUAGUUCUUCCUAAUUGUGUAAACACAGCUUGCAUUUGGCAAAUGAAAUUAGCACACAAUUUGUGAAGUUGAAAAGAUUGUAGUAAAGUGUAUUGCAAGUCUGCUUUGAGACGCAUCAAUGCGCCAAUUGACGGCUUUAACUGAAAAAUGGCAUAGCACAACAUAACAUAAGCAUAUACAUGUACGAACAGGGUUGCAAAUUUUGUGAUUCAAAAUUUUGUAUUAAAAGUUAAUAAUAUUUGAAAACAUCUUGGAUUGAAAAUAAAAAAAUUAAUUUUAAUUUUUAAUUCCGAUUUUGAGAUUGAAAAGUAUAAAUCCAAUUUUUAACUAAAAUUCUUAAUUUUCAAUUUUAAUUUUUCAGAUUAAAUUCCAAUUUUUAGUUAAAAAUUUUUCAUUUUCAUUUUCAAUCUAAAAAUUAGAUUUUUAAUUUUUAUUCCAAUAUAUUUGGGAUUAAAAGUUGAAAAUAAUUUUUUUUUUUACUUCAAUAGUAAAAUUUGAAAUUAAACUUUUAAUCGCAAAUCUGAAUUAUGAUGAAUUAUAUUGAAGAUGAUAGCGAAGUACCCAAACACAAAAAAAUGUGAAUUCUAAAACAAUUUCAGUUUUUUCUUUCUUAAUGCUUGGGAUAAAAUUUUUGUUUUGCAGUCCGAAAUUUUUUUUAAAUUCCGUAUUUAGGAUCAAAAAUUUUUUUUUCAAUACGGUAUUUAAGAUUAAAAAUUUCAAAAUUAUCACAAAAACAAAACAAAAUUAAUUUUUUAAUGCAUUAUUUGCAAUCCUGAUAAGCACACACAUGUAUGAAAUAUAAAAAAAAAAGAGAAAAAAAUUCAGAUUGGCUUUGACUAUUGCAACUCUACUCAAACGUAUGUCUUUUAUGAAAAUUUUUUUUUUAAUUUUACACGUUUUGAGUUGAUCUUAAACUUCCUGAAGUGGUUUAAAUUAGUUUCAACUGAAUAUUCUUUAACCAGAAUCGCAUUAUUUCCUGAAGUUUCAAUUUGAGCGAUAUCAAGGUUUGACAAUCAGCGUGAUAUAAUAUUAAUUUCUGUAAAAAGUCAUUAUGAUAAUUAUAACAUCAAAACCUACGUUUUGUGAUGCUCAACAUUAGAAAUUCUUACAUAUUUAGUGACUACUAGUAAUGCGUUUAAAAAAAAAAACAAAAACUUAGUUAGCAUAACUAACGUUAAUAAAUUUCAAGUUAGUUAUAUAUAUAUGCAUAAAUCUUUGUAUAUUUAGAAGAAAAAACCACUCAAUUUAAAUGAAGGAUAUAAACAACGUCCGACUGAUUUUGCUAUAAUUUCUAUUGUAACCCUGAUUUAAGUUUAUUAUUAUGUAACAUCAUUAUAUAUUAUAAUUAUUGCUAUCGUCACUAUUACUACAACCACAGCAGUUAUAUUGUUAUAAUUAUUAUUGUUGUAUACAAGCGUUUUCAUCAUUGGAGGAAUUGUAUUGUUAUUGGUUGCGAUGUUCACUGUGUUGUUAAAGGAAUUUCCGUUAUUUUAUUUUUUAAGUUACCUAUGUAUGUAUGUCAUUCGUUCUUGUGAUUACAUGUAAUGUCGUUCAUGACGAUAAUGUGUCCAGAUUGAAAUGUUGAUUACUUUUGUGAACUCGCAUUGAAAUGAACUGCUCAAUUUUUUCGAGCGCACUAACAAAUUAUAACAGAACAUGCAAAUUUAUGUACGUGUAUAUGAGAGUGUGCGUUAUUUUCCAAGUUGAUUGCGUUUUUUGUGUAUUUGCAAGCGCACUUUGAAGUUUCAGUUUUUGCUCUAAAAAAACAAAAAAAAUCAUAAAGAAACGCUUUUUUUUCUGUUUAAGCCGUGCCUAAAUCAUAUUUCUUUUCCAAUGUAUGUAUGUACAUAUAUAAUAUGGAAAAGGAACGGAUUCUGUGUUGCUCAUACAACAUGGUGUACUAAAUCAAUACAUCACAUUUGCAGCAUAACUUUAAAUGCGUAUAACUUUUAAAAGAAAGGUUUUACGAAAAAAAUUAUUUAGACCUUUUUUGUAGAGGAGAAAAUUUAGUAUUAUAUAUAUAUAAUUUAUUGCUAAAUAUAAAGAAAUCCCAUGUAAAUAUGAGGAAAAUAAUUUAGACACGCUUUCGAUGAAAAUAAAGGCUUGUUUACGGCUUUGUUUAAUUUUUUUUUUUUACUUUUUUAGCGCAGAAACGGAAACUUCAGUGGCCGUUUGCAAACAAAUCGACUUGGUAAAUAACGGACACCCUAGUGUAUAUACAUUAUAUGCAUUAAAGCUAAAAAGCAAAAAGAGAAAAAAAAAACGAAUAAUUAAAACAUGUGUUACACAACUUGUAAAACUGAACAUCAAUAUAUGUACAUAAUGAAUAUUAUUUAUGCAUAUUUACGAAACAACUUGCACUAACAAAUAACGCGUUCUAAUAUUAUAUACAGCAAACGAGAAUCAUUAAUUAUUAGUAUACUAGGAGCAGGAAGCAAAUAUACUGCGUUAAUAAGUAUAAAUAAAUGUUUUUGCUAGUUUACUAAGUGUUUAAGAGAUUUACUUUAUAGAAUUAUAUUAAUUAGCUACAUAUAAACAAAAGUAUACAUAUAGUAAACACAUAUACCCAUAACGGUGUUUAUAUAGUUGAAUAGUUGAAACAAUAAUAACUAGGAAUGAAACAGAAUAAACGAAAGCCAACCCAAGCCAAUCGGCAGCAAAAAAGCUAAAUAUCCAAAAAUGCAUAACAUAAUAAAUGAAGAAAUGAAGAAGUAAAGUUUAUAACUGUUGACAAGAAAACGCCAAAAUUUGCAUGUAAUGGUCAGUACAGUUGCGCCGCAUUGCUCUGUGAAGAUGAUAUACAUAUAUACAUAUAUAAUGCUGUAAUGUUAAUUUGUAAUGAAUGCCAACAACAGACAAUGUUUUGUAAAGUAAGUAAUUGAUUUUCAAUUAGAAGCCUUUACUUUUUACUCAUACUUUUUGUUUGUGUUUUUGUUUUAGUUUUUCAUAUAUGCUUUGUAAAUAAUUGCACCUAAUACAUAAUUGAUCUCAUUUCAUUACAUUUAAUUGCUAAUAUAAAAUUGAAUUAAUUAAUUUAAAAUUGAAUUAAUUGAAGCACAUAAAUUGUUGAUAAUAAAAUAAGAAGCGUUUCUUAAGUUUCUUAAUAUAAAUAGAGCUAAAUAUGACUAAACGAUUUACGCAUAGUAUUUAUUGUUAUUUGUAUUUUUUUAAGAGUAAAUGUGGCGCAAAUGUGGCCGCUUGAAAUGUAUUAUUCAAAAAUAUUAUGAAAUAAAUAUAUAAACACGAGAGUGAAAUACAAAUUGUACACAAGAAUUUUAAUA